AUGGAAGGUACUCCCUAUGCAAGUGGGGUUGGAAGCAUCAUGUAUGGAAUGGUUUGUAGUAGGCCGGACUUGGCUUAUGCGGGCGGUUUGAAGUACACAAGGGCAGCUCAAGAUGAAGACGCUUUGGAGGGGUAUGUUGAUGCGGAUUAUGCGGGCAACGUGGACACUAGAAAAUCCUUGUCGGGUUUUGUGUUUACUCUUUAUGGCACGACAAUUAGUUGGAAGGCAAAUCAACAAUCCGUGGUGGCAUUAUCUACAACUCAAGCGGAGUACAUUGCACUUGUUGAAGGUGUGAAGGAGGCCAUAUGGUUCGCUUGUAGAACCGGAUUCACAACAUCUUUGAUGUCCAUUCGGCGAUACCCAUCCCUUGGCAAAACCAAAAUACCACUCCCUUAUUAUAAAAAGCUUAAACCCAAAACCAAGAAAGCAAUCACUUUCAAAAAGCCUAAACCCCUCCAAUGGAUUUCAAGGACUCACCAUUGCGGUGAAUUAUCUUCGAACGAUGUCGGCAAAACCGUUCGUCUUUGUGGUUGGGUUGCACUUCACAGACGCCACGGUGAAGUCGCCUUUCUCAUUCUUAGAGACCACACCGGCAUUAUUCAGGUUACAACACAUCUAAAUGAAUUUCCAGUCGCACAUUCUGCUAACAAUAACCUAAGACGCGAGUAUGUGGUUACCAUUCAAGGUGUUGUUAGGUCUUGUCCAACCCAAUCAAUCAACAACAAGAUGAAAACCGGCUUCAUCGAGGUUGCUGCAAAUGAGGUUCAAGAGUUGAAUUCUAGGAAUGCAAAUGUACCAAUUUUUUCUAAAGAGUUGAAUUCUGAUGAUGCAGAAGAUUCUCUUAAAGAGGAAAUCCGUUUGAGGUAUCGAUGUCUUGAUCUAAGGAAGCAACAAAUGAAUUCUAACAUAUUGCUGCGGCAUAAUGUGGUUAAACUCAUACGAAGAUAUCUAGAAGACAUACAUGGUUUUGCCGAGAUUGAAACUCCGAUACUGUCAAGAUCCACACUAAAAGGUGCCCGGGAAUUUUUAGUUCCAUCAAGAAUCCAGCGAGGAACAUUCUAUGCCUUGCCACAAAGCCCUCAGAUAUAUAACCAAAUGCUAAUGGUAGCUGGUUUUGAUAAAUAUUAUCAAGUAGCAAGAUGUUUUCGAGAUGAAGAUUUAAGAGCUGUUCAUGAUAGACAACCUGAGUUCACACAACUAGAUAUGGAAAUGGCUUUUACUCCUUUAGAGGAUAUUUUGUCUCUUAAUGAAGAGUUGAUCAGAAAGGUUUUUCUUGAAAUUAAGGGCGUGGAAUUACCAAACCCUUUUCCCAGGCUUACAUAUGCUGAAGCAAUGAAUAGAUAUGGUUCGGACCAUCCAGAUACCAGAUUUGAUCUAGAAUUAAAGAAUGUAUCUGACAUUUUCUCAAGGUCUUCCUUUAAGAUUUUCUCUGAUUCCUUGGCGUGUGGUGGAGUUAUUAAAGUAUUGUGUGUACCCUAUGAUGCAAAAAAGUGCUAUUAUAUAAGUGGUAUUUACAAUGAAGCAUACAAAUCUGGUGCAAAGGGUUUACUUGUUCUCAAGAUCAAGAAGAAUGGUAAAUUAGCAAUUCCCUAUCAAUACUCAAUUUUAUGA